CAGCUUAAGAACAAGCAGUGAUUCAAUAUUCCAUUUAGUGCAAAAUAUGGACGGAAAAACUUAUUUCAAACUCAAUCACCAUGGAUGAGCAACUAGCAUUCAACGGAAAAGCUGGGAAGCUCGAUGAACGUGUAUUUUCAAAGCUGAAAUUACUAUGCCGGCCUGUUAAAGCCAGACAAAACACCGCAAAACAAGGCAAUGAAACAACGUUUGUUUCACAAGAUGAUGUCCCGUUCUACAACACACGUCUUGUUUUACGCACGGUUGAAAAACCUUGGACGGGGGAUCUAUCUAAGGAAGAAAUAGAGAAUAACCUGGAACAGAUAAUUCUACAUUACGCAAUUGUUCCCCAAGUGGCCUACUACAUAAAUAAACAGACUGUUAGCUUAGUUUCACCAUACUUCGGAGGGGGGACCCUAGAUGAAGUAAUACAGAAAGAAAGAGAUAAAAAAGCAACGAUCGAAACGGAAAUACCAUCUGACAGAAAACCGGAAAUAGCACUUGAAAGACCGCAAACGUUAGAAUGGAAGGAUAAGUUACGAAUACUUUACCAAAUAUGCCGGGCCAUUGAAUAUCUUCAUCAGCCACCAAAAUGUGAAAGAAAACCUGUAUCCCAUGGCAACAUUUGCAUGCAAAACGUAUUAUUGGAUGAGCAGAAGAACGCCCGAUUGCUAUUUCUUGCACCAAAAUCAGUCGAAGGACGAGUUAGGGAGAUUCAGUUUCAAGAGGACCAAAACAAAGAUGUGCAAACCUUCAAAGAAAUGGCACAGGAAGCCCUUCAACAAAGUAGGAAGAAAGCAGCUUCAGAUAUUCUUGCACAUAUACAAAGGGCUGUUACGAUGACAGACAUAAAAAAAGAAUUGGAGUCGGGUCUUAGAGGAGAGGAUAUCAACUGGUGGACCCCAUCGCAAGACGAUGGAAAAAAGAAGGAAAAGUGUGAGAUUUGCUGCCUAAAUAAGCCCGAGAAGACUUUCGACAAGCUAACACAUGAUCGAUUCUGUGUUUGCAAAAUACAGAUAUGCGUUGGUUGUUUGUGGAACUGGCGAUACAAUCCAGUCAAGUGCCACUCGUGUGAUGAAGACAAAAUACGGUCCCCAGUCGGUGAUCGCUGGGGUGCCAUUUGUAUAGCGGGCACAGAUAAGAAGGAGGACAUAACAAAACGUUUUGAAGACGAUAUAGAAAAGCUGAAAGACAGAGUUAUUACAAAAGCAAUUUUGAUGGGUGUAAAGGACAAUGUAGUCACAGUGAAGAAAUCUACUACAACGUACGGUGAACAAUUGGAGAAAGCGUUCAGCAAGAUUGAUACUCCAGAGAUCACCACCAUCGUAUUAGUUUAUUCGGGUCAUCAUGGGGAUGAAGGAUUUCAAUUAGACGCCCAUAAGCUGAAAGACAGUGAGCUUGAACAGAAAUUCAAUUGUCUUAAACAUGUGACGAAAGUAAUUGUAUUUCUAGAUUGCUGUCAUCCAAAGAUGCUUAAUCUGGGCAAAAAAGCGGUAUUACAGUUUAAUGCCGUAACAAGCAAACAAAAAGCUAUCUGUGGACCAACAGGUAGCCAGUUUGUAAAUGACAUUGUCAAAGUAUUGACAAAUCCAUGGGAAUGUAAGUGUUGCAAAAAUACACCUUUAAUAAGAGAUUAUGACAUUCACAAGUAUUUCAACAACCACCCUUACAAUUCGUCGAUAGAACCGUCACAACUUUCAAACACAGAUGGAGAUCAUGACCACAUUCUUACGUUUAGAAUGGUUGACCCUGGAUGGCUGAAAGCGUUUGGAGAAUCAUUAGACAUCAGCCCAUUGCAAAAUUUGAAAAAGGAGCUAUUUAAACUAUACGACAACACUGCAAGCACAUUGUCCAUUCGGCUUGACAUCGAUGAGGCACUUGAGAAAAUAUAUGAAUGUCCUAAGCUUACUCUAAAAGAAAAUGGCAAAGAAAAAGGGGACAAUAUAGCUGAAUUGAAUGACAUUUUUCAAAUCAAGGAGGGUACAUUGGCUAAAACAGUAUUUGUUGAAGGCGAGCCCGGGUCAGGAAAGUCUUCCCUAUGUAAGAAGAUCGUUCAUGAUUGGUGUGAAACUAAACGAGAAGGACGGACAAUCUAUACUCGGACACACACUAAAGGGAACGAAAUAUCAAGUCAAUUUGAAUUUGUGUUUUACAUAAUUCUCCGCGAGGCAAAGAAAGAAUGUUGCAUAAAGAAAAUGAUAUUGAAAAUCAUCAAAAAGAGGAUCGGCAUCGACAAAACAAGGGGAGAAGAAUUGCUUGGAGAAAUCUUGACAUCCAACACCUGUCUGCUUGUCCUUGAUGGUCUGGACGAAUGGCAGCACCCUGAAGGAUGCCAUUUGGAUGAAAGAAUUCCCCAUGUUAAAACAAGUUGGGAAAAAUGCACCUUACUCAUCACCACAAGGCCAUACAAACUGGCUGAGCUGAAAAUAGGCGUCUCAAAGAUUGGCAAACACGUGAUUGUGAAAGGAGUUUCGAACCCAGAAAAGCUCGUCGAGAACAUAAUAUCUCGUUUAAAUGAUUUACCCAGCACAGGGACGUCCCAGAAUCCAGAAGGCACGAGAACACUACUGAAUCACGAACUUUGCAUUAAGGAAAUACAAGAAAAUAAUUUAUGGCAUUUCAGUGAAUGCCCCAUCGUGUUAGCUCACAUUGUUUGGCUUUCAUACAAGGGAAGGCUUUUGACAGAUAUGAAACUUUCUGAUCUAUAUGAAACGUUGCUAAAGGAACGAUGCUCUGAAUCGUGCGACAAGAGAAACUCAUCUACUAUAUCCAAAUACAAGGAAAUUAUACCCACCCUGAGCAAAAUAGCAUUUGCAAAGAUAUUUGCUGAAGAUAAAAAUCAAACAAUUGUAUUUGAAAUAGAUGAGGAGGAGAAUAUGACCUUUGAGAGUCAAAAAACUGCAUCUCUUGAAUCUGGCAUCCUAUCCUGCACCAAUGUUCCAGGAUAUGAUCCGAAAAGGCCAAAAGGAGCUAGACAGGAGCGACUACUCGGGGAGGAAAUUGUGCCUGCAACACAUCCAUAUAUCCGUGUACUCAGAUGA